GGUGGCUUAACCUUUCUGAGCCUCAUCUGCAAAAUGAGAGUGAGGAGAGUAUUUACCUCAUAGAGUUGGAAUGAGGACAAAACAGGUAAUGCAUGUAGCAUAUUUAUCUCAGUGCCUGGAGCGGAGAAAGCAUUUGUAAAUGUCCGCGUUGUUAAACGCAGACUCCUGACUCAGUGGUGGCUCAUAAGAAGUCCUCGUUGGAAGACGUUUUCUUCCCUUCUCUCCAGGAAGCAUGGGCAUCACGACAGGAGGUAGGACAAUUAUUUCCCACCUGGCUUCAGUCACUCAUCUUGGACCAGUGGAUGGAGACUGUUGACAAGGCCCCUCCACCGCCCCAGGUCUCCUGCACCUCCCAACUCUGCCAAACUGCACUCUGGCCCGUUGGGUGAGCUCUGUCUUGCACUGGUUGUGAACUGUGUCUGGUCCACAUUUUUCUGCCCCAAAAGGAGCUGUGUCUUUGUAAUCCCAGAAAGGCUGUGACAGCAAUUACUCCCCAUUCCCAGGGGCCGGAUUAUUCCAGGUCAAAUCAAGGCUGCUGGUCAGGGCAGCCAUGGUUCUGGAAAGAUCCAGUCCUGUGAGCAGAGGUGACCAGCAGAGGCUCACCCAGGCACAAGCCUCAGAAAUGAGACAGGUUCUGAUGGCCUUUCUCCCCAUCCGGCAGCCAGGGCCCCCAACCAGCAUCGAUGAAGGCAGAAGCCACGGUUGCCACCAGCUCCGGUGCUGGGGGCCUCUCGUCCUGGCAAGUCCUCAGCUCAGCCCAGCCCUGGCAGGCAAAUCUAUCCCAGAACAUGACCCAGCACAGGAUCCAGCACAAGGAAUCCCAGCAGAGGACCAGCCUUCUCAAGGAGCUGGGGGCCUUCCACAUCGCCAUUGCUCUGCUGCACGUGGCCUUUGGGGGCUACCUGGCCUCUACAGUCAAGAGCCUUCACCUGGUGGUGCUGAAGUCUUGGUAUCCAUUCUGGGGGGCUGCCUCUUUUCUCAUUUCAGGGAUCUUGGCGAUAAUAAUGGAGACCUUUUCUAAAGCUUACCUGAAGGUGUUGUGCCUGAUGACAAACCUCAUAAGCCUCCUUUGUGUGCUGUCUGGCCUCUUUGUCAUUGCCAAGGAUCUCUUUCUGGAAAGCCCAUUUGAGUCCCCCAUCUGGAGAAUGUACCCCAAUUCCACGGUCCACAUCCAGAGGCUAGAGCUGGCAUUGCUCUGCUUCACUGUCCUAGAGCUCUUCCUGCCAGUGCCCACGGCUGUCACAGCCUGGAAAGCGGACCGCCCGUCUGCAAAGAACGAUGAUGACGCAUGCCUUGUUCCGAACCCACCACUGCAUCUCAAAGGCCUGCCGGUGGGGCCCCCACCAUCCUACCAGACUGUGGUUCAAGGUCACCCCGCCCAACACAAGCAACAUCAGAGGCUCGGAGAAGUUAAUCAAGUUGCCCAAGGCACAUGGAUAUUCAAUGACGGAGCUCAGACCUGGAUCCAGACUGCAAAUUGAAGAGCCACCGCCUGACGAUGCUCAAACAUGGUUAGGACACAUGCCCUGCUCUCCCGAAGUUGCGCUUUCACUGGGAAGAUGAGAUUUGAACACACAAAAGGCUAGCUUGAUGGUCUACACAGCAAAGUCAGCCCUCACAGCUCCUGGGAACCCUGUCCUCUUGGAUAAGCCAUUUCUUACACAGUUGAGCGCUCGACACAUGUGGUAGCCCGGGUUGUUUCAUUUUGUUUUUUUGAGACAGGGUCUUGCUCUAUUGCCCCGGCUGGAGUGCAAUGGCGCGACCUGGGCUCACUGCAACCUCUGCCUCCCAGGU